AUGGCAACUUUCUUCAAGGUAAGUCACGUUUCAGCUGUUUUUCAUUUUCUUCAAUUAAAAACGUCACAAAUUCAAAUUAACUCAUUUCUUCUACCCCUCAAAAUUGGGAUUGGAGAAAAAGAAAAGGAAGUUAAGAUGUCUAGAUUUGCGAAAAAUGUAUUUUGGAUUAAAUUUUUUCUAGAAAUGUCAUACAAUUUUUUUGGAAUCGUUGAUCAAAAAAGCAAAAACAAUUCUCUAAUGGGAAAUUCAUAACCAAAGUCCAACCAGAUUCUUAAUUCAUAAUAUAAUUAGAAACCAAUUUACCGUAACCUAAUGGUUUUUUAAUAAAAAAUAUGAUAUCAGAUUUUCGUGAGAAAAUAUCAUUAUUUUCCAAGUUCAAAAUACUUCAAAAUUAGAGCAAUUUUAGGCUGUUUGUGCCACACAAUUUUUAUUAGCCCAAUUUGAAAUGUCUAUAACAACUUUGUGAUUUGAGCCAGAAAUAGAAAUCGUUUUUCUCUGUAUUUUCAUUUCAUUUUUCAGUUUGAAGCGUUCUUUUUUUAUUCGUUUCUCAAGUACAUCAGUGUUAUCUAUUCAUUUUCUCUGCACGCUUCAUUGAAAAUUGUGAAAACAAGACGAGAAUAAAUUUAGUUGCCGUCGUUUCAGAGUUCUUCCUUAAAAAAUGGGAAAAAUAUUUUGGUAAUUGAAUUGGAAACUUCACGAAAUUGCAACAACAAAAACUUAUUAUCACUAGAAAUAUCAACGAAAAUAAAAUUUGUUUUCUAUAAUUUUGAAAAUUCUCAUAAAUGUCACGAGUUAAGAAAAGUUCAAAGAAAAAAAUUAUUUUUUUUUAUUUGAAAAGGUGUUGAAAAAAAACUUCUGAAAAGAUAACAUUUCAAAACAUAAAUUACAAUAACUUGCAAAUUAUGAGUUAUGUUAUUCUGGUCUUUACUUAACUAUCUUUUUCCGGGUACAAAAAAUAUUUUCUUAAUGAGAAUGUCUUAUUCAAAGUACUAACUUUAUAUUUUUGUUAGAAUUUUUUGUAUUUUGGUUGAUAUUCGAUCAGUGAGAAGAUUUGUUUUUCUAUUUUUCUAACACGGCAAAAAAUCUUCAAACAAAGAGCUCUUUUUAUUUUACCAGACAGGCUACUAAAUAAAAAAGGUGGUUGCUUCUGAUAUUCGAAACCUGAUAAUUAUUUGCAUUUUUCUGAUAAAACGUCUAUAAUUAUUUAUUAGUUUUCAAAACAUUUUCAACUUCAAUUUCAUGUUUGUUGAAAGAGACCGAAAUUGAUCUCAUGUUAUUUUCAUCUUUUUUUCUCUUUUUUUUUGACAAAUUAUUUUCCAUGUUCCAUUUUUCUCUAGAAUGUUUGAUCUAUCCAUUUUCGAAGUUUUUGUGAACAGGUGAAAAUAUUCAGAUAACUUCCAGUUUUUACCCUUUUAUCGACUAGACUGGAAUUGGCUCAAUUUGGUAUUUUUGAAAGAAGUACGAAGAUCCAUUUUUGAAUUUUACAAAACUUUGUCUAAUUUUUCAAAUCUAUUUCAAAGAUUUCGUCAAAUUUUAAUCUUUGAUUUUUUUCGUUUUAAAUGCAUAAAAUGCUUUUCGGUGGCAAUUAUAUGCUCAAAAUGACUGGAUAAUUCAUAGUUUACUAUAAAAAUGUUCGAUUUUUUCUCGAAAUUCUAUACAGAUACGUGUUUUUCUUUUGGUUUUCUCUUACAACCAAUUUGGUUGGAUCUUGAUUGAAUUUCCUGCUAUACUUUACUUAUUUAAAAAUAAAACAAUGUUUCAAAAAAUGUAUUUUUUGGUUGAGUUGUGUCUGAAGAUUUAUGCCUCCAGGGCAAUUUGAACGACAACUUCCUUUUGGAACGAUCAAACUAUGAGUUUUGUCUUUAGGUAUAAAAUGUUUCCUAAUUGUUUGAAUGAAGCAGAAACUGACUUUCAGUCGUGAUUCUUUCUUGUUUCCGGGAAAAUUGAACCAAUUGUCCAUCUUUUAUUCAUUUCCUUCUCGUUUUCCAAACAUCUUUUCAUGUAGUGUUCGUACUUGUCUAUCUAAAAAGCCUAUCAAAUUUCUACAAAAUUUAAAUUCCAAAGUUUUUUCUUCUUCUGUCAGUUUUCACUUCCAGGAAAAGAGAAAAAUAGAUUUUUCAAUUUAAACACAUUUUUCAUCGUUGCCAUUAUGUUAUUUAUAGAAUCUCUAUUUUUGUGUUUGUUAGGAAGGAAUACAAGAGAUAGUCGCAUUCCCACGAUGAUUUCGAUAAUCAAAUAUUUUGUUUUCCUCCGUUUCACCGAAAAUUUAUUUUGUUUACUUUUUUUCAAAAAGAAAAAAAGUUUCGAAUGAAUCAAGUCAAAGAUCAAGCUUCCCCUUUAAUUAUGUUUCAUCGGUCAUUUUUUAUGGCCAAUUUUCUUAGAUGUCGCGAAAAAGUCACAAAAAAAGCGAAUCAUUAUUUGUUACGUUAUUCUAAGUGCACUAAAUGUUCAAUAUUUUAUGAUAAUUAUCUUGUCGCAACAAAUUCUUCUUUCAUCUGAUCUCAUUUUCUGAGCUUUUGACAUUUCAGUUUGAAAGAUAAUUUUUCGCUAUUCAAAAAAACAACGAACACACAAAAAAUUGUACUCGAAAAUCCAAUUAAUUAGAAAAUGUUUUUGUGCAAUUCACAUUAGUUAUUCCUGUUUUUCAAGAAAACUAGGUUUCAAAAAUCACUAUCAAACCUUUCUUCUCAGAAUAAGCCUUAUAAACUUUGCGAACAUGAAAUAGUCAUUUUUUAAUAGCUUCCAAGCACGCCAACACUUUUUUCAUUCUCUCUAGAUGAUUUAUUAGCUGUUGAAUAACAAUGAACGAAUUAUUUUUGCAGCUUUCAUUUAUUUUUCAAAUGAUUUCUCAAAAGGUUCAUACAACAAUUUGGAUAAAAAACUUCGUUGAACCCGAUAAUCUUGAAAGCAUAGAAAAAUCUGGUGUUUUUCUUUUGUCCAUUUCUUUGUUAUACAUUAUUUUUCAUCUAUUUUCUGUGAUAUUUCUACGGAAAAAAAUCUAAUUUUCUUCGGGAUCAAACAAAACCAAACAAGUAUUAUAUAUAAAACAGAAUAUUGUUUGGGACUUCUUGCAUUUUUCUUUUCUUCUUUUUUCAAAAAAAGUAGUCCUUGUUGACAUGUCAAAAACAAUGUUCUGAUGUUUUAUUAGAAGAGUUGUUUUUGCAUUUAUUUUCACUGUCAAGCCUAAUUUAUCAUAAAGAUAGCCUUUUCAAUAAUUAAAAAUUUCAAAUUUUUAGAAAUUAGAAAAUCUUGAUUCAAAUCAGAAUUUGUUGAUGUUUCGUUAUAAAUAGUUAAUGAUAUCACAAAAUACUAAUUCUUAAAUGUUUAAAAAAUCAUCCAACUUCCGGUAUAAUAACACAUAUUUUUUCAUCUAAUUUGCUUAUAUUCAUUUCCUUCAAAACUUUACAUAUUAUGUUUUCUUAUAUUUUCCUUUUCUAUUGGCAUCUACACACUUUCUAAAUUUUCUAAUUUCCUUAGAUUUUUUGUUGUUUUCAUUAUUUUUCUUACAUGUUCCAUAGAUUGUCUCAAAUAUUUUUCUUCAAUGAAAUAAAUUCAUAUCCAUCCUAAAAUAUUAUUGCAAUCCAGACUCGCUUCACUGCUCUCAUUAUAUUUUUAGAUUUCAGAAUUGAUAUCAUUCUGUUCAUAGUUUUUAUAAAUUUGUCACUGAAAUCUCAUUUUGAUACCCCACUCAAUGACGAAACAAAAAUGCCGGCUGAACUAUUUGCAACUCCGAAAAAAACACAUUUUUUCAUACUUCAUUUCGACAAAUAAAAAGUCCAAAGAAUUUUUUUUUAAUAAACCGACCCAUUGAUGAACUUUUCCACGUGGGUGAACAUUCUUUCUCGAAAAAAUUAGAGAGAAAUAAAAGUUUUCCGAGGACCAUUAUUUAUGUUCUUUUAAAUGAGUUAUUCAAAGUUGAGAACUUGAUGGUUUUUCUUUUUUCUUCUGUUUUUGAGCUCAUUUCUUUUCUUUGACCUUACAUCCUUCAUAAAUUUUCCGAAUAAAAAAUUCAAGAAAUUUCGAAAUUGAUUAACUUGGAAAAACUGAAAACAGCUGCAUUUUCCUACUUUCCAGACUAUAACAUUCAUUAAAAAAUGAAAAAAAAAAAAUUCUAUGUUUUUCUGCUAAAGUUCUUCUAUUUCCAUUUUUCUACCACGCGUCUACAAAAAUGUACUACAAACUGAUACCAAUUUUAAUUUCCGCCCCCUUGGUUUUCUAUGCUCCGCCCUUUUACAGCUGGCACACACAGACAAAAUAGUUUUUAAAAAAAUAUCCAAACCUAAUUCCAUAAAGGUGAAAAAAUGCUCUAUCAGUGUGAAAAAUUCAGCCAAUGAGGGAGCUUUGAAAAAUAAAGAAAACAUGUUUUUUUUCAAAAUUAUAUUUGCUGUGUCUUCUUAUUUCUGCUACUUUUUUUUCAAAAUUGUUCUAUUUUUCAGACUCCCAUGUCCAUAGACGAUGGACAUGAUUUUGACGAAUGUCAAGAAAUCUUCUUCACAAAUGCCCAAUUCAUAUUUCGAUCCUAUUUGUUUCCGUUCACUUAUUUAUUCGGUCUCAUUUCAAACACUAUUAAUAUUUUGGUGUUCACUCAAAAAUCAGUGAGUUUUUCUAUUUCUCAGAUACAUUUUUAAGUUGAAAAUGAGAAUAACUCAUUUUAUGUAUGUUGUAUAUACUGUAUUCCACUCAUAUCCUAUUCAAUUUCAUUUUUUUCUCAUCAAAUAAUUCCAGAUGCGGAACCAACCGGUCAAUUGGUUUUUCUUGGCUCUUUCCGUGUCAGAUCUCAUCACUCUUGUCUCAUCAUUUUUUGUAUUUUCGGUUCCGGUUUAUGCAGAAACAUCAGGCGACACGGGUUAGUUGUCACAUUUUUUUCAUUCCUUAUUUGUAUUAUUUUUUUGAGAAGGACAACAAAAGAACCAAACUAUGUAGAUUAUUAUUAAAAAUUUAUGAAUUUCAUGUCGUGUCUAGAAAGACCAAGAAAAUUUGUGUUGAGAAAUGUCAUCAAAAAUGUAAUAUCUUUUUUUCUAUUUUUUAAUUAGUGUUGGUACAAAAAAUGAUCACGAAUAUGAGUAAUGUGAGAACAAAAAAAAGCAAGGGAACAUUGUAUGUUUUUUGCAGAAUUCAUCAAACUAUCAGUUCAUCUAAUUGCUUGGUUUUAUCCAUUGGCUCAAACUGGAUUAACAAUGUCUGUUUAUGUGACAAUUCUUGUAUCGGUUCAUCGUUAUUUAGGAGUUUGUCAUCCAUUUUUGGUAAUUUCAAAAAUAGUUUUGAUAUUUACAAAUCAUGAAUUAUAGAUUCGUCGAAUUUCGAACUCAACAGCUGUUAAAAGAAUCAUAAUUGCUGCUGUCGUUUUUGCAUUUGUUUUCAACACAAGUCGCUGGUUCGAACUUCACUCUAUGGCAUGUUAUAGUAAAUUACAUCAAGCGUGAGUGUUUUUUCUAUAAUUUUGUAUCAGAGUACAUUUAUUUUUUGUUUCAAACAACAAAAUAGUUUGCGUUAAUCCAAAAGUGUGUUUGUGACACUUUGAUUUUGAGUCUCUCGAAAAAAUAAAUUUCUCACGUUUCAAUUUCUCAUAAUUUAUGCCAUUUCCUGAUUGACUUUGAUCAACAGAACACUAUUUCGAAUAAAGGAACAAAAUAAAUAAAUAGAUUUCAAAGAUCUAUGCAAAAAAUGCUUGCUCCAAAAGAGUACAUCGAUUUAAUCGAAUACACUUUAGAAGUCUGUGCACUUUUUUUUCCUAGACCGGAAACAUCUUGCUAUUUCUAAAUUACAGGAACUCUUCUGCAAUCCAACCCACCAGUCUGAUGAUCAACAAUGUUUAUACUUUGAUCUACCGUAAUGCCGCAUAUCAAAUUGUCAUGUUUUUCUUGCCUUUUGCUGUUUUAACCUAUGUUAAUCUUCGAAUUAUUGCAACACUUCAACAAUCAUAUAAGUAAGUUUAGAAAGUGGAAAGAAAAUGAAUCGAAAAUUCAUAAACAGAUUCAGAAUGAGACGUGAAAUGACAACUCCUCGUGUCAAAAAAGAUUCAACUGUUCCAAUUGCAACUGAAACUGUUUUGACUAAAAUCGAAGGAUAUUCAACUGUUGUAGCUGUUGAUAAUAAUAAUACUGCUGCUGCCCAAAAUGGUGAGAUAAACAAAAUGUGGUGUAAUUCUCAAUUGUAAUAUAUUUUCAGAUCGAAAAGAAAAUGGUGUGACUAUAAUGUUGGUUGCAAUCACAACUGAGUUCUUACUUUUUAAUUUAAUUGCUUUUGCCAACAAUAUUAUUGAAUUGUCAAAUAUUCGCAUCUUCUUUCAAGAUGUUGAGACUUUAUUAGUUGAAGUUUCAACAUUUUUGGUAAAUGUGAAUGGAGCAUCAACAAUAAUUAUUUAUUUGAUAUUUGGAAGUAAAUACCGAGCUGUUUUUAUGCGGGUGAGUUCAAUGAGAGAUUAUUUUGGAAAUAAUCAACAAUUUUGCAGCUGAUCCAAAAAUAUCUUCGAAUCAAAACCUGUGAAGACAAAAAACGUCCAAUGUAUUCUCAAGCACAUUUCGAAACUACCCAACUUCUUGAAAAUUCUCGUCUUGAUUUGAAUCGUUCGAAACAAAUGAGCGUUUUACGUCGAACGGAUAUCACAUCAAUGAGAAGUUCAAGUCGACGAGAAUAA